AUGAUAAAAAAUGGUAAUUUGUUAAAAAGAAAUUUAUUGAGAAACGGUCUAUGUUCCGAUUUUUUUUUUUUUUUUUUUAAAAGUAAUUGUUAUAUAAAUCAUAAUAAAAAAGGGAACUUUAUUUCAAUAAACUAUUUUAGUAAUGAGGUAAAAAGAAAUAAAGAAAACGAAAUACAAGUUGCUAAACAUUUUAGAGAAAUAUUUCAUGAUGGUUCUGAAAAAAAUUUCGAGUGUCAUCCUUUUAAUAGACGUUUCGCAUAUAGUAAGAAAAGUUUUUUCCCUAUAGAAGCUCGUAAUUUACGUUCUUUAGGUUUAAAUCGUCAGAAGAAAAAAAAAAGAGGAAGAGGUGAUAAAUGUUCAGGUAAAGGAAUAAGAGAUAAACAUAAACAUAGAAAAUCCGGAAGACCAAAUAGUCGUACUUUUGAAAGUGGUCGUACUCCUUUAUAUAGAAGAUUACCAAAAUGGCCAGAAGCCUGGUUAAGUAGACAAAAAAAAAAUUAUGAUUGUUUAAAUUUAUCAAAACUAAGAUAUUUUAUUGAAAAAGGUAGAUUAGAUACACGUUUUCCUAUAACACAAAGACAUUUAAAUGAUUCAAAAUGUGUUAAAGUAAAAAAUGGAGUGAAACUAUUUAAUAUUAAUGAUUAUCCUUUUCCAUAUAAAAUAGAUAUUGAAGUCUCUCAUGCUGAUCAAUCAUCCAUAGAUGUUAUCAAAAAAGUUGGUGGAUCAGUUACUAUUAUUUAUAUGGAAAGAGUUAAUUUAAGAGCACAUAUUAAACCAUACAAAUUCGAUAUAUUACCAAAAACAGCUAGACCUAACCUUGAUAUGAUACACUUCCUAGAAAAAAUGAAAUCGAAAGGUUGUAUAGUUAAAUAUAUUAAACCAUUAUGGUUAAUAGAAGAAGAAAAAAGAAUUAUCAAUGAAUUAAUCGAAAUACAAGAAAAUGAAAAAUUAUCUCAUCUUAUGGAAAAAAAUGUACACAAUAAUAAUAAUCUUCAUGUUAAUGACCUUACUAUGGAGGAUUCACAAGAACACGACCACGUCAAGGAUAAAUUGUUGCAAAAAUAUAGACUCCAGUAUACAAAGUUGGGACAUCACCCAUGA